AUGCUCGCAAGGUUCUGCGAAACACCUUCCGUGCUUGUGGUGGCCUUCAGUGUGCUGGUGGCGGCGUCAUCCGCUAAACCCUUCGUCGACCAGGAUGUGGAGAGCAGAAACGUUUCCACCAGCGAGCCAUCGGAGGUGGCAGGCCAACAUAUGCUGAUGGGCAACUGUACUGAGCGAUUGCACCUGGUAUACGUGGAAACAGUCGUACUAGCAAAAGACGUCAACAGUCUCAUCAAUGGCACGAUAGAGGUCAACUUGGACAGCAACUUGGCUCCGUUUUCCGUAGCAUGCGUGCGAGUACAACCCCGUACGGAGUACGAUCGUCGAGCCCUGGCGGAAAUCACGUUGUUGGGACCGAAACGAUUUUCAAUCGCCGUACAGGAGCAACCGCCUCAACGGGCACGGGCGAUGCAGUUUGAGAUAUCGGUAUAUAGAGCCCUUCCCCCGAGGAUGAAACCCAACGAAUAAGGCACGCGCAUCCCAUUUUGUUGAGAUUGAAUAAAAAUGAAUAAAUUGGCGACA